AUGCAACAGGCUGAUCCUAUUGAGGGCUCUCCCUCUGAAGCCCCCUCCCCAAUUGCAGGGCUGCUCGUGGCCGUGCCCCCCCAGGAGCCGCUCGGACCCCGAUUCCAGAGGGACCCCGAGAUCCCCAACGUCUUCCACGCCCAGGGAUUUGGGGCUGGGGGCUUCCAAAAUGGGUCUGGGGGCUCCCACCUUGGGUCAUUGGGGUCCUUAUUUCAGGAGGGGCCUCAAUUUGGGGAGGGGUCUCAGUGCCAGGAAGGGCUGCGGGGUUUGGGGCAGGGAUCUUGUUUUGGGUCUGGGGGCUCCCAAUUUGUGUCUGGGGGCUCCCAAUUUGGGGAGGGGUCUCAGGCCCAGGGGUGCCCCCAUUUAGAGUCUGGGGGCUCCCAAUUUAGGGAGGGGUCUCAGGCCCAGGGGUGCCCCCAUUUAGAGUCUGGGGGCUCAGAAAUUGAGCCAGGGUUGCGGGAUUUAAGUCUGGGGUCUCCAAUUGAGUCUGGGGUCCCGAAGGGGCUGGGUGAGCCCGAAUUGGGUCUGGGGUCCCCAAAUCCCCCUGAAUUGGGUCUGGGGUCCUCAAAUCCCCCUGAAUUGGGUCUGGGGUCCUCAAAUCCCCCUGAAUUGGGUCUGGGGUCCUCAAAUCCCCCAGAAUUGGGUCUGGGGUCCCCAAAUCUCCCCGAAUUAGGUCUGGUGUCUCUAUUGGGGGUCCCGGACAGGCAGAGUGACCCCGAAUUGGGUCUGGGGUCUCCAUUUGGGUCGGGGGUCCUGGAUCCCCCCGAAUUGGGUCUGGGGUCCCCGAGUCCCCCCGAAUUGGGUCUGGGGUCCCCGGGUCCCCCCGAAUUGGGUCUGGGGUCCUCGAGUGGCCCCGAAUUGGGUCUGGGGUCGCGGCUGCUGGUGCUGGCGCUGCAGGGGAAGAGCCCCCGGCCGCAGCUCUGGGCGCUGCGCGAGCUCGAGGCCAGCAACGGCCAGCUGCGGGAGCUGAGCCCGCGCCGCUGCGCAUGCGCCUUCGUGCUGCCCCCUGGCGGCCGCGCCGCGGGGCUGCAGGGCCGCGCCGUGCUGCUGCACCCCCUCGGCAGCCCCGGAGACCCCUCCCCAAAUUAAAAAUCACAGCUUUUA